AAUAUAAAUACACAAAUUAUUUAAUAACACUUGCUAGUUGCUUCUCUUUUUCAAAACUGUAAGCAGCCAUGUCCAAAUUAAUCCUAACCUUGAUCUUAACCAUGGCUAUAUCCACCAUGGCUCAAACACCAGCGGUGCUCGACUCAGACGGAAAACCUCUAAGAAGCGGCGUAAAGUACUACGUUCUUCCAGCUGCAACCGAUACAGCCGGCGGGUUAACCCUUAUAAACAGAACGGGAUCAUGCUACGUAGGUCAAGAACCGCUCCCCACAGUCGCAACAACAGGCCUUCCGGUCAUCUUCACGCCGUUAGCAAGCGGCGAAAGUUUAAUCCGAGAGGGAAUGGAUUUGAAAGUUGAAUUCUCCGGUGUUAAAAAGUGCGGGAAAUCCGGUGGAUGGAGUAUCUUUGAGGAAGAUGUUAAAAGUUCGAGGAGAUUUAUAGUUAGUGGAGGAAAAACCAGAGAUUACUUUAGGGUUGAUAAAAAUGGAGGUCUGUAUAAUAUGGGUUGGUGCCCUAAUUGUGGUAGAACAAACUGUCCGAGGCCGAGAUGUGGAUUUGUUGGUAUUUUGACUGAGAAAUAUGGGAUAAGAUUGCUAGCUUUGGAUGGUUCUGCUUUUCCUUUUCGAUUUAAGAGGGUUUAAAUUACUUUUUUAGUUUUUAGUUUUUCCAUGAUGGGUGUAAAAAUAUGGCUUUAUUGGCAUA